CGCGUGGCAUCGGCGGAAACGGCCGUGGAUCGCCGAGCGAGCGAGCGGGCUCGUCGCUCCGGAGCCGCGCCGACAGUUGCAUGUUGGAUUUCGCGCCGUGCGUACAGUAACAUCGUCCCGGUCGGCUGGCUGUCCUCGCACGGCGAGACGAGUAGCUCGGGAUGGAGAACCAACAGGUGUGGGUCCGUGAUCCCCAGGAGGGUUUCAUAAUCGGAAAAUUCACGGACAUGGUGGACGGGGACGCCCUGAUCGUACCUCUUGACCCGAAAUACCCGCAGCGCACCUGUCCGCUGGACGAAGUGUAUCCUGCCGGCGAUUACACCAAAGAUGUCGAGGACAAUUGUGCCUUGAUGUACCUGAACGAGGCCACGCUGCUGAAUAAUAUUCGCACUCGUUACUUCAAGGACAGAAUAUACACUUACGUUGCCAACAUUCUGAUAGCGGUGAAUCCGUAUUACGAGGUGAAGGAUCUCUAUUCACCGCAGACUAUUAAGGCUUAUCAGGGGAAGUCCUUGGGUGAAACGCCACCGCAUGUCUUCGCCAUCGGCGACAAAGCGUUCAGAGACAUGAAAGUGCUGAAACAAUCUCAGAGCAUUAUCGUAUCCGGCGAAUCAGGAGCGGGCAAGACCGAGUCGACCAAGUAUCUCCUGCGAUAUCUCUGUGAUCUCUGGGGUUCGACGGCCGGCCCGAUCGAACAGAGGAUUCUGGAUGCGACCCCGGUGCUGGAAGCGUUCGGCAACGCAAAGACAAAGCGCAACAACAACAGUUCACGCUUCGGCAAGUUCAUGGAGGUGCAUUUCGACGCCAAGUGCCAGGUGGUCGGUGGAUACAUCUCCCACUACUUGCUGGAGAAGUCCAGGGUCUGCCUGCAGAGCCCGGACGAGCGGAACUAUCACGUGUUCUACAUGAUGUGCGCUGGCGCGCCGGCGGAUCUGCGCGCGAAAUUGGGGAUUACCAAGCCGGACGAUUUUCAUUAUCUGAGGAACGGCUGCACCCAGUACUUCUGCAACGCGAGGUCGGAGAAACGAUUGAACGAGGCGCAGAAGAGCCGCGAGCAGAUACAGAAGCGCAGCCUGCACGAUCCCAUCUUGGACGACGUCGAAGGGUUCAAUGCUAUCGAUCAGGCAUUUACUCGACUCGGUCUAACGGAUGCCGAACGCAUGGAGAUCUACACGAUGGUGGCUGCGGUGCUACAUCUCGGUAACAUCACGUUCGAGGACAAUCCGGAGGACACGAAGGGCGGCUGCAGGAUAACCGCCGACUCGGGGAAGGCGGUGACGAUAUCCGCAAAGUUGCUAGGGGUGGAUCCCGAAGAGCUGCGACAAGCCCUGGUCUCGAAAGUGAUGCAAACCAGUCGGGGUGGCAUCAAAGGAACGGUCAUCAUGGUGCCCCUGAAAGUUUACGAGGCCAAUAACGCCAGGGAUGCUCUGGGCAAAGCUAUCUACAGCAAACUGUUCGAUCAUAUUGUCGCACGGAUUAACAAGAGCAUACCUUUUAAGGCGUCGAGCUAUUACAUCGGCGUGCUAGACAUCGCAGGAUUCGAAUACUUCAAAGUCAACAGCUUCGAGCAAUUUUGCAUAAAUUAUUGCAACGAGAAGCUUCAGCAGUUCUUCAACGAACGGAUCCUGAAGUACGAGCAAGAGCUUUACGCCCGAGAAUCAUUGAACGUCCCGAAAAUCUCCUAUGUCGAUAAUCAGGAUUGCAUCGAUUUAAUCGAAUCGAAGAAUACGGGUAUCUUCAGCCUGCUGGACGAGGAAUCGAAACUGCCGACUCACAGUUUCGCGCAUUUCACCAAUGAGGUUCACCGCGCGUGGAACGGUCACUUCCGCAUCACUUUACCGCGAACGUCACGACUGAAGGCUCAUCGAGAAUUACGAGACGACGAGGGCUUCGUGAUUCGUCAUUACGCCGGCGGUGUCUGCUAUCAAACGAAUCAGUUUAUCGAAAAGAACAACGAUGCGCUGCACGCUUCCCUGGAGGCGCUCAUUCAGGAGAGCGGCAAUAAAUUCCUCAGAACGCAGUUCGCCAAUCAUUCGUUGCAAAAGGGGAAGCUGACUUUCAUCAGCGUUGGCAGUAAAUUCAAGACGCAGCUCGGCGAGCUAAUGGACAAGCUAAAAAGCAAUGGAACAAACUUCAUAAGAUGCAUCAAGCCCAAUAGCGAUAUGGUGGCGCAUCAGUUCGACGGUAACAGCAUUCUAAAUCAGUUACGCUGUUCGGGUAUGACGUCGGUUUUGGAGUUGAUGGAGCACGGGUAUCCCAGUCGGGUGCCCUUCCACGAGCUUUACAACAUGUACAAGUCCUAUCUGCCGCCGGAGCUUGCCAAGCUUGACCCUAGAUUCUUCUGCGAGGCGUUGCUGCACAGCCUAAAGCUGAACCAAAAGGACUUUAAGUUCGGCAUCACUCGGGUCUUCUUCAAACCGGGCAAGUUCGCGGAAUUCGACCGGAUCAUGAGAUCCGAUCCGGAGAAUCUGCGCAAGCUGAUCGCCAACGUGAAGAAGUGGCUUCUGAGGUCGCGCUGGAACAAGCUGCAAUUCUGCGCGCUCUCGGUAAUCAAGCUGAAGAACAAAAUCAUCUAUCGCCGACAGCAUUUGAUUGUACUGCAGAAAACGGCGAGAAUGUAUAUCGCGAAGAAGCAGCACCGUCCGCGAAUUCGCGGUAUUCUGAAGAUCAAGAAUCUACGGAAGCAGCUGACACGAAUGGAGGAGACCGUGAGUCAAUUGAAGAAUCGAGAGAAAUCAAUGCAGGACAUGAAGAGGCUCGACGACGAUCUAGAGUCGGCUAUACGCAAAAUUAGAAACAAUCCGAGGAUCGCACCGACGGAGAUCGACGGUCUCUACACGUCUUUAGCGAAUCAAGUGAACAAGCAAAUGGCCACUCUUCAAGAUCUAGUGAAGCAGCAGAAAGUCGCCGAGGAACAGGCAAGAUUGAGAAAGAUUCAACAGGAGCUCGAGCUGGAGAAAAAACGGAAGGAGGAGGAGGAACGAAAGAAGAGGGAAGAGGAAGAAAACAGAAGGAAAAAGCUCGAAAUGGAAGCCAGAAGAAAGAUCGAGGAGAAACAGAGAAGAAAGCAAGAAGAGGAGGAUCAGAAGGCUGCGAUUGCCCUUCAGACCCAAUUGGAGAAGGAAGCUAUGGAAGAGAGCCGGUAUCGAGAAUUGCUCGAGCAAGAAAGAAGAGACCACGAAUUGGCGGUCAGACUCGCUCAAGAAUCGAACGGACAAGUGGAGGACUCUCCACCGCCUAUACGAAGCGGCUCCGACGUACGAGCACCUAUGAACAACAACAGGCUAAUAAGAUCGGAACAGGUGCGUAAUCAGCAGGCAGCCAUGAGCAACAAGAAGUACGACUUGUCCAAAUGGAAAUACUCGGAGCUGCGAGAUGCAAUCAAUACGUCUUGCGACAUCGAGUUACUUGAAGCCUGCCGUCACGAGUUUCAUCGUAGACUGAAGGUAUAUCACGCCUGGAAGGCGAGAAACCGCAGGAGAACUAUCAUGGAUGAAAAUGAGAGAGCACCAAAGUCCAUUAUGGAAGAAGCUGCGAGAACACCGAGGACGCCGUUGAAGCAACAGAUAGUCGAGUCGUCCCAGAGAUAUUUUCGGAUCCCCUUCGUCCGUUCCUCGGCGGCCGGGCAGCAGGACAAUACACACGGUGGCGGCAAGAGGGGCUGGUGGUACGCGCACUUUGACGGGCAGUACGUGGCACGACAAAUGGAGCUUCACCCGGAUAAACCGCCUAUCCUCCUCGUGGCAGGUAUUGACGAUAUGCAGAUGUGCGAGCUGAGCCUGGACGAGACCGGAUUGACGCGAAAACGCGGCGCCGAGGUUCUAGAGCACGAAUUCAAUCGCGAGUGGGAGAAGUACGGCGGCAAACCAUACGUGGCAUCGUGCGAUCGCAAAAAGUGAAGGAUUCUCGUGGGACUAGUGGGAGAAUUGAAUUUGUACGUCAUGUCGCGGGAAGCAAAAAAACAUCGCAUAAAUUAACGCGCGGUAAUUUGCAAUGAUCCUAAUGCGGUUUCUUGUCCGGUGGACGCAUCGGCGAUCCUGUGCCUUGCGAGAUGUGCCUUGUGCAUUACGACACGGACGAUACAUCUGUAUCGUAAAUUACGUAUUGCGUCGUAGUUACGUAAAGUCGAGGAAUUUUUUCGUCGCUACAUUAUCGAAUAUGAAAAGUCUUAUUCCUUUCUGUUAGAACCUAGUAGAGCGCCUAGCGAUUCUAACAGUUGUCGACCGAUCAGUAUUCCGCAACGCGUUUCACAACAAGAUAUUUAAAAAGGAGUACGUACUGCAUUGUAUGUACAUACUUUGAAAAAAAAAAAAAAAAUACGUACGAGUUAACGCAAUUUAUUUUUUUCGCCGUGAAGUUUCACAAUUCUAAAGCGAUCAUUUAUAACUCACGAUAGCAGGCGCUGAGAUAUAGGUUUCGAGGUUCCUUACGAGAGGUUGCUUGAUAUAAUUAAUUAUUAACUUGAUAUUUACACGAGUUGUUUUGCAUUAGUAGUAAUCAUAUUUAAGCUAGAUAAGUCGUUUCGGAGUGAAGAAAAAUAAAGAAUUUGCGGACAGAAAAACGAUUUAUAUCGUUAGUUGUAUUGUGCAAGCCGAAUGAUUGUAAACGCAGUGAUAUGAAUCGAGUAAAUUUUCCCAAGGAAUUCAUGCGAUUAAUAAUAGUUGUAAAGCGGUAGUGAUCUCAUCCGGGUGAUCUAUUAGUGGUUGCGUCGCAUAUGAUUAAUUAUACGGCAAAAUAUUAAUAAAUAUUUAUAUG